GCCUCGAGCAGCCCGGGGAGCCUUGAAGACCGGCCCUGCUCUUUCUUUCCUCAUCGGACCCAACACCCGUCUCCUGUUGUGUCUCCCGGACACCUCGCGGUCAUCGACGAAUAUCAGACCCGCCAAGCUUUUCCACCUUUCCACCUUUCCAUCUUUCCACUCUGCAAUGAGCUCUUCCAAGUUCCUCCAGCCUUUGCUGUACGCCCUCCUGGCGUCGUCCGCGGCCGUCCAGGCCCUCCCCAACACCUUCCCCAUCUGGAAAACAAACGGCACCACCAGCUGCGACUCGGCCGUCCAGAGCUUUCUCGAUGCCAAGUGGCAGACCUGCGAGUACCCAUCCACGACUGAUGGCGGCGACAUAUACCUCGAGCUCGACGUGCCCAUGAACAAGGAAUGCUCGGACUAUGCCUGUGCAAACGUCGGCCCCCAGUUCAAGACCCAGAUCCAGUCGGCCUGCGGCGACACCGAGAUUCUGCUGCUGUCAGAUAGCAGCGGCAACUCCAAGAACUUCAACAUCUCGCAGAUUCGCUUUGAUGUCACCACGGCUCUCCCAAGCCACAGGCCAUACUGUCUCCGCGAUAUCGAUACCGGAACGAACUGCAUCGCCAGGUUCCUGCGCGACUGGCGCGGCGUGACCAAGACCGCCGACAACUCGACAGACGACGGAUUCCUCCAGUACCAGCUGGCAUACUGCACCCAGUGCGCCCGCGACCUCUACUUUUACUCGCUCAACAACAGCACCGACAGCAACGCUGACACAUCCUUCAGGAUCGCCGAGACCGUGCUCUUCACCUUCAACAUCACCAACACCAACAACUCCUUGGUGACCUUUUGCGGGCCCGAUUUCGUUGCCGUUCCCCCGGACACCCAAGACAACCCGCCGAUGCAAAUCACUGACCGCCUGCAGGACGUCACUCCCGUCAUGGUGACCCUCAGAAAUGGCACCGCCACCCAGGUCAAUCCCAAUUUUGAGGUCUACUUUGAGUUCCCGUCCGCCUGGGUCUUCCCAGCCAUCAUUGCCGGCACCAGUGUUGGCGGUGUCUAUGUCUUUAUCUUUAUCGUCUGGAUUGCCAGCCGGGUUAGCUACGGCUAAGCGCCUCCGACACCCGACCCAACCCAGCGAGCGCUGUUGUUGAUCGAUCUGCUCGCUGGCUCCCCAGCUCUCUUUUGGCUCCUUGGCAGCCACUAUGCGUCUUCCCUUGCCC